AGAGUGAGCCUUCGGGUCUCUGGCAGCAGGAGGAGGAUGUCCCUGCCCUUGACCAUUAACAAGCCCCGCCCCUGCACCGCGACACAGGACAUGGGCGGAACUUACGCAAUCCUCCGGCUCUGUGCGCUGCUGAAGCCUGCAAAGGAGGCGCUCCGGCCCACAAGCCCCACAGCCCCUGUGUCCCCAGGGGACAGGAACCGCAACCUCACUGACAUGGCGGUCACCUGCAAGGAGAGGACAGGAGAGUCAGCCUGGCACCAUCAUCCGGCGAGUGCUGUCCACAGGUCAGCCACCUUCCACCACCACCUACAGACCUCACGACGGCCCCAGAGUGUUGUGGGGGCUGGUACUGUGCCCAGCUUACAGGGGCCAAGUCCACGCUGCCACACCUCUGCUCACUUGGGGGCCUCUGCCUGGAAAAACUUCCUCUAUCGAGCCACAUCUGCGCAGCAUCUACUACUGCAUCUCCUGGCAGAUCUGUGCAGCCUCCACAAGCCUCCUCCCAUAUAUCCCCCACCCCACAGCCCCACAUGUGCUGUACACAGGAAAGCUUGGCAACAAAGAAAGUGGAUCUGGGUUCAAAUCCCAGCUGUGCCACUCAGGCUCUGGGCCUCAGUGAUCACAACAGUAAAAUGGGAAUUCAGAAAGGACCUCCCGUGGAGACUGCUGGAAGGACCAAGGAGAGCACGUCCUGAGAGCCCACAGUGUGCAAGAGACACGUCAGAAGGGCUGGCUCUCUCUGUGCAAUUGGCUAAGACCCCAGCCCUGCAGGUGAGCCAGGUGACCCAGAUGACCCAGGUGACUCAGGGAGAGCCAAGUGAGAAGUGAGCGGCUUCUAGCCCUGAUGGAGGAAGGUGGCAAGCAUUUGCUGACCACUCACUGUGUGGCAAGCCUGGUGCCGUGAGUGGCUACGAAUCCAUGAACAGCUAUGAACCCAUGACUAGCAGCGUUGUGUACAGAUGGGGAAGUUGAGGCAUCAUUCAUCAAGUGCUCAUUACUCAUUACUAAGCUGGCCCUGCACUAAAUGCUUUAUGUAAAUUAUGAAAUCCACAUAACCCUCUUAAGAGCAGGAGCUUUUGAUGACCUAAUUCCAUAGAUGAGGAAACUGAGGCUCAGAGAAGUGAUGAGACUAGCCCAGGGGCCCCAGCAGGGCACCUGAGCACUGGGUUUAGAACCAGUGGAUGCCCGAUGUCAGAGCUUGUCUCACCUGCAGUCAGGAGUGCCUUGCAUUGGGGCCUUGCAACGCCCCCCCCCAAUAAAGAGGUCCCCCACAGUCCCCUCCUGUGCUGUGCUGUGCUGUGCUGUGCUGAGCCAGCUUGUACUAGCUCACAAGAGUCAACUGGGCCAGGCACAGUGGCUCACACCUGUAAUCCUAGCACUUUGGGAGACCAAAGCAAGCAGAUUGCCUGUGCUCAGGAAGGAGUUCAAGACUAGCCUGGGCUACAUGGUGAAACUUCGUCUACUAAAAUACAAAAAAUUAGCUGGGGGUUGUGGCAGGCACCUGUAGUCCCAGCUACUCAGGAGA